AUGUCGACCACGCAUACACUCACCACGGAAGGCACCGUCCCCUUCACCUACAAUGGCGAGACGUACGAGACGUACUACAAAGUCCUCGGCGACCUCUCCGACCGCUCCCGCACGCCCCUCAUCGGUCUCCACGGUGGUCCUGGACUCGUGCACAAUUACCUUGUCCCGCUCGCCGACCUGACCGUGGCCUCCGCCACGCCCGUCGUGCUCUACGAUCAGCUCGGAAACGGACGCUCAUCGCACGUGCGCGACAAACCUCCUACGUUCUGGACGGUCGACCUCUUCGUCGCGGAAUUGCAGAACCUCCUCACCCAUCUCGGCGCGCAGGACUCCUUCGACCUGCUCGGCCACUCCUGGGGCGGCGUUCUUGGGGCGGAGUUCGCGGUGCGCACGCAAUCCGCAGGCCUGAAACACCUCGUGCUCUCAAACUCGCUCGCGUCGUUCGAGCUGUGGAUCCAGAGCGUCGGCGGGCUGCUGCAGUCGUUCCCCCCAGAGGUGCAGGCGGGGAUCGGGGGAGGGAUGAGCGACACGAAGAAGUAUAGGGAGGCGAUUCUGGCGCUGCACGCGGUGCACGGGUGCACGGUGAAGCCCCCGCCGGAGGAGUACUUCUACUCGCUCGACGCGAGCAUCGGGGAGGGCGGAGACCCGACUGUAGCGCACGCGCCGCUCAUGGUCGGCUGGAGCAUCAUCGACCGGCUGCACCUCGUGCGCGUGCCGACGCUCGUGCUGAACGGGCGCAAGGACAUCUCGCAGGACUUCGUCGUUGCGCCGUUCUUCGAGCGGAUCCCGAAGGUGAAGUGGGUCACGUUCGAGAACUCGAGCCAUACGCCGUUCUUCGAGGAGCGCGAGCGGUACAUGCAGGUUGUCGCCGGUUUCUUGAAGCUCAAUGCCUGA